GCCGGCCGCAAUCGCCGCAAGAAAGGCCAAAAAAAGAGCAGCGUCGGUCAAGUUCUGUUACAAUUUGUCACAAAGUCGUGCCCACAACCACUGCUUGCAACGUCAGGCUGAGCCACUGCAUUGCAACAGCCCACCCCUGCAACAAGCAGCAAUUCAGCCACUGCCUGCAACUAAUAGGCAGCAUGUCUGCCCAAGCCAUGGCCGCCCUGACCCUCGCAGCAGCCCCAUUAAAAAAGGGACGCACGACCACAGUCCAAAUCCCGGACGACGAGCGGCCGCGCUACGCCAUCAAAACGCUGGACGUUGCCGAGGAGGCGCAGACGCCGUGCGCGUGCUUUGUCGUGCCGCGCGGCCGGGAGCACGAGUUCGUCUUCAGCAGCGAUGAAGGUUUAAAGCAAGUGGCCGGAUCCGCGAAAUGCGCUCGACUACUUGUCGUGAACCUGGACCCGCAACGCGCGGGCCACAGCUAUGGGGAUGUGCGGGCCGUGCAGCGGGAGCUCGAACCGCUGAUCAAGGACCUGGCGCCACCUGGUGCGGGAACGGUACCAGUCAUGACCGCAGGCAAUGACCUCGGCAGACGAGACGUCGUCGCGACAGGCGCGAUGGACUCGGGCGACGCCUACGUCGUCGAGCAAGUCUUGGACGGGUCGCGGACGCUGCGGCGCCUGCUCUUCAGGAGCAACCCGCGGAGCAUCCAGACCGAGGUCGCCGUAUCAAAAGUCAAGCCGCCCAAAACGUCGAACGGCAAGAAGAAGAAGUCCAAGGCCAAGGCGCAGUGGCGCGUCGACGGCGCCGACGUGCGUUCGGCGUAUCAUCGGGCCAUCCUCGCGGCGGUCGCGACGUCGCGACUCGAUACAGCGGUGGAAGACGUCGUGCUGGUCGGCCUCGGCGGCGGCGCGCUGGCGACAGCUUUACAAGCGCUCCUGCCAGCCGUGAAGAUCCGGGUCGUGGAGCUAGAUGAAGCGGUCGUCGACGUCGCCGAGCGCUGGUUCGGCUUCAGUCGCGCCGGCGUCGACGUGACCGUCGGCGACGGGCUGACUGCGUUCGAUGACGUAUCGGAAGCGGACGUCGUGGUAAUCGAUGUAGACGCGAAGGACGCGAGCCUGGGCAUGUCCUGCCCGCCGUCCGCGUUCCUGGAACCGGCCUACCUGCGAAAGGUGAAGCGAGUCCUCCGGCCCGGCGGCGUGUGCAUUGUCAACAUCGUCGCGCGCUCGGAGAAGGCGUUUUCAAAGGCGAUGGUAGAUUUGCGCGCUGUCUUCGACGACAUCCGUAUUUGUGAUCCGACCGAUGACGACAUCAAUAGGGUUGUGGUCGCACGGAUGGGUUCUCCGCCCGACCGGGACGCAUGGCGCGCGAGGUUGCGGAACUGGUGCGCCGCCGGCGACCCGUUGGGUCUCGAGGUGCUCCUCGACCGCUUCGACCAGGCCGUGUUCAACGUCGACACGGAGGCGCUGGAUGCUUGCGAUUAGAUAGCUA